CGGCAGAGUGACGCUUCGUCGGGCAGACUGGAGACAGGAGCAGGUCUUUCCUGGAGGAGUACGUUUAAGUUUUGGAAUUUCAGCAGGAGAAGCCGAGUUUGUUAUUAAAAUUUGGGGAUCGUUCCCCACACUCUCGUGCCACCUCGGAGCUGUGAGAACUCGGAGCAGAGGAAAUUCCGAAGAAGCUGCUCUUACCUCGCAAAGAAAACGCCAACAAAGAGCCUUCAAGGAAGUACCAGUUACUGUGCUGCCCGGAGAGGUAACGUUUACGCAAGUUAGUUCAGCAACAAAAAGAAAGUACGCGGCGGAUCACCAUGGUUAACAGACUCCUUCGUGCGGUUUUGACUAUAUUGUUUUUCAUUCUGUUCCUGAACGUGGGGAUUUUUCGAGUAAACGGGCAAUACGGCGGCGGUGAGCGAGGAAUGUCUAUACCGGAGCACGGAUUUUGCCAGCCGAUCUCCAUUCCGCUGUGUACGGACAUCGCGUACAACGAGACUAUCAUGCCAAACCUGCUCGGUCACACCAACCAGGAGGACGCGGGGCUGGAGGUCCACCAGUUCUACCCGCUGGUGAAAGUCCAGUGCUCUCCGGAUUUAAAGUUCUUCCUCUGCUCCAUGUAUGCGCCCGUCUGCACGGUGCUGGAGCAGGCGCUGCCCCCGUGCCGCUCUCUGUGCGAGCGCGCGCGGCAGGGCUGCGAGGCGCUCAUGAACAAGUUCGGCUUCCAGUGGCCAGACACCCUCGCGUGCGAGUCCUUCCCGGUCCACGGCGCCGGGGAGCUGUGCGUCGGGCAAAACAUGUCGGACCGCACCGAGCCGGACAGCCCCGGCCCGUACCCCACCGAGCGCACACUUUCCGACCCCAUGAACGGCCAGUUCAGGUGCCCGGCCUCGCUCAGGGUGCCUCCCUACCUGAACUACCGCUUCCUCGGGCAGGAGAACUGCGGCGCUCCGUGCGAGCCUAAGCGAUCUCACGGGAUGAUGUACUUCAGCGAGGAGGAGCUCAAAUUCGCGAGGAUAUGGAUCGGCAUCUGGUCAGUACUGUGUUGUGCUUCCACUUUAUUCACCGUGCUGACAUACCUGGUGGACAUGAAGCGCUUCAGCUACCCAGAGCGGCCCAUUGUUUUCCUCUCUGGCUGCUACACCAUGGUGUCCAUCGCGUACAUCGCCGGGUUUUUACUGGAGGACAAGGUGGUGUGCAAUGACAGGUUUGAUAAUGAAAUAAGGACUGUGGUGCAGGGCACUAAAAAGGAAGGGUGCACCAUCCUCUUCAUGAUGCUGUACUUCUUCAGCAUGGCCAGCUCAAUCUGGUGGGUCAUCCUGGCUCUCACCUGGUUCCUGGCUGCAGGGAUGAAAUGGGGCCACGAGGCCAUCGAGGCCAACUCCCAGUACUUCCACCUGGCAGCGUGGGCCGUGCCCGCCAUCAAGACCAUUACCAUCCUAGCUGUGGGGCAGGUGGAUGGAGACGUGUUGAGCGGGGUUUGCUUUGUGGGCAUCAACAGCGUGGACGCCCUGCGGGGCUUCGUCCUGGCUCCGCUGUUUGUUUACCUAUUCAUCGGAACCUCGUUCCUCCUGGCGGGCUUCGUGUCCCUGUUUCGCAUUCGGACCAUCAUGAAGCACGACGGCACCAAGACGGAGAAGCUGGAGAAGCUGAUGGUGCGGAUAGGGAUCUUCAGCGUGCUGUACACCGUGCCGGCCACCAUCGUCAUCGCCUGCUACUUCUACGAGCAGGCCUUCAGAGAGCAGUGGGAGAGGACGUGGAUCAGCCAGACGUGUAAGACGUACGCCGUGCCGUGUCCCAUCCAGAACCACCCCAGCAUGAGUCCCGACUUCACCGUCUUCAUGAUAAAGUAUCUCAUGACGCUCAUUGUGGGCAUCACCUCCGGCUUUUGGAUCUGGUCUGGGAAGACCCUCAACUCCUGGAGGAGGUUUUACACGAGACUGGCCAACAGUAAACAGGGUGAGACCACAGUGUAAUGUGGUUUAACCUCAUCCCUCACACAGACUGCACAGUGACAAACUGAAUGAUUAUCCUCUUUAUUAUUUCCUUUUGAUUUUUCUCGGACUUACAGGAGACACUUGGUAUGUUUUUUUUCUAAUGUACAUAUACAUUUGUGAGAUUUUUGUAAGUAUAUAUUUGUAUUUAAAAAUUUAAAAAUGAUUUCUUUUUUUUAAAAAAAACAAACUUUUUUCAUGCUUCGGACAUAAUGGAAUUGUACUUAUUCAUCACAAAGAGCCAGCUGACCAUUAAGGAUCCUGAAGUCUCAUGACCUGACUUACUGUGGACACCACUGGGAGUAUUUCACAUGGAGUGUUUGUGUCUUUGAUCAGUGAACUGCCUCUGAGCCAUGGGGCUAUUCUAGGCAGAGUCCCGUGAAACCCAAGUGCUUCCUCAUGGCUCCCUCUUAUCCUGAUUAACCAGCUGUAGUUUGUGUCUGUUAUACAGUUGAGCAGCAGUUGCCUGGGUCUGAAGGGAAACUUCAGCAGUCUGGGACAAGAAAAGGUGCACAGGUUGUGAAUGUGAAACAACGUGACAGAUGGUUGUGGCCUGUAGCUCAGGCCCAGUCAGUUAUAACAUUCCUUUCCAAAUAAAGCACACAUAACAAUUCAGGUUAAAAGGACCAUACCAGAGUUUUUGCAUGUUUUAGUUCUGAAAGUGAUGGAUUUUACAGUCUUACGUCCUCUCAGGCAAUACUGAAGUUUUUGAAUUGUGUUUUCCCUACCUUCCAGGAAGCAGUUCUCCUCUUGUUGAACUAUAAUUUGUGAAUCGACUAACAGACCGUUUAAAAAUGUUUGAGUUAGGUCAUUCUGCACAGUGACCAUCGUGGCUGUGCUUCGUUUUGUUAAAAGUUCUGAUAUUGUGCAUAAUGCAGGUGUAAGUGCAGAUUGUCACCGUGCAAAAAUAACACACAACAAUUUAACAACUUUCAGCAAAUUUAAAGCAGAUAAUAUGUUCACUGAUUUAUGACAUAUCAUUUUCCCCUGCAAUGAAGUGAACUGAAACCAGGGGCUGCCUGGUAGGAAGGAAAACACUUCGAUGUAAGUCAUAUGUAACAGGGGUCUUAGACAUGCAAAAAUGCUGACGUGCUCCUUUGAACAGCACUAAAAUGACUUGAAUUUGUAUUUAGUGGCUGCCAGCAAUGGCAAUUUGAUUUGUUAAAAUACAAAGCUGGAAAGCAUAAAAAUCAAUCAGAAGACCUCUGUGUGUGUGUGUUCAAACACAUUCAAUUCAUUUUUUUAAUAAUUCUGUGUACAGUGCUAUGUAAAAUUAUUGGAAACCCUUUGAGCUUUUGCAGUUUAUUUUGCUACCCAUUAAUCUGAUUUUUUUCCCCCUAUCCCAUCAAAGUAAUAAGAAAAUCUGAAUUAAUUUUCAUGCAGUUAAUUCAGCUAAAUAAAAAACUGUCUGUAAAUGGAGGUGCGCCCUUCAUCAGAGCGGAGCAAAGAUGAUUAGUCGAAUAAUCGAUUAGAUGUUUGAAAGAAAAUUAAUCAGAAACUGUACUGAUAAACAAUUAAUCAUUUCGGUUAUUUCUUAAACAUGAAUGCCAAACAUCUGCAGGCUCCAAACUCCCAACCGUGAGGAUUUUCUACUUUUUGGUCGUUAAAUAUUGUACAUGGGAUAUCUUUGGGUUUUUCCAUUGUUGGUCAGAUUCAGGAAACCAGCCAGCAUCACAGAUGAAUUGUGUUAGUGAGAAAUAUUUAUCAAACCUUCACACAUCUUAUGCAGCUGCCGGUUUUGCACAUGUUUCAGAACUCUCAUUAUUUUGACUUUGCCAUCAAAAGCAAAGAACUAAUAUCAGUAGAAUUUGAAUGCAUUUUAGGGUGUAGCAUGGGUUCAGUUUCAGAAAACCCGGGCGUAUUGUGGAAUGUGAGGCUUAUCUGCAGCUUUGAGGUGAAGGUAGUUUAGGUUUUAAAAGUAAAGUAAAUGAUCAUACUCCCCUCACUUUUAUUGAGAGUAUAUAAGAGGUCAUUUGAGUUGAGGUUAUGUUCACAGAUACUGAACAAUAAAUGCACCCGCAUUGGUUGUUUUAUUUUAUUCUCAUUAUUUAUACCUAAAAACACCCCGAUGGUUUGCAAAACAUAUUUUACAAAUUUUGGUUUGUAACUUCAUUUGAAACAGGAUUUUCCACAUUGUUCAAAGCUUAAAGGGCACCCAAACUUUAACAUGGCACUGUAAAAAUGGUUAUAUCUAGAGGUGAUAGUGGGAGAGGUUGUUUAGCAUGCACAUAUCAUAAAUGUUUGUAACAAAACAUAUUUUUGAUUCAUUUUUACCGACACAUUUUCUUAACCUGGAAGUUGAAUGUGUCAGUUAUUGUUGAGAAGAGACUUGGGUUGAUCUGCAGAGUAAUUUGAUCCUGGUGAACAGAGCUGCGUGUCUGCACUGUGGGACUGAAGAGCAGCCGGCAGCUUGCACGUCUUCCACUGCAGGAGAAAGGAGGCCUUGUGUUGAAAUGCAGAGCGGCUGCUGUCAGUGCAGCUCGGCUCACGCACACAUCACGGCUUGUGUUCUUGUCAAAUGCUCCUCCACACGGUGCUUCCGGUUCAUAAUAAUCCUUUUAUUGUGUUGACGGCUCUACAAUAGUCACAGCUUUGAAGUAAUUUCCUUUGCAUUCGCUAUGAAGAGAACCUUUAUAUUUAUAGAAAGAAUCUUAUAUAUACACACACACACUCUACAUUGAUUGCUUUAUGAGAAUAAAAACAAUCUCACCAUUGCAACUGUCAA